AUGCUAUAUUUUCUCUUAGAUACCCAUACUGAGGUGACAUUCUUAGAGGGCUCAUCUUCAUCAGACUGGCCCCCAUCAACAUCAUGUGCAUCCCAAGAAUCAUCAGGUACUGACUCAACAGUGAUACUGGAAUCUACAAAGACUCGGAAAAGACAGCUGAUUGAAGGGCCCCUGGAUGGCAACGUUGCAAGAGAUAAUGUUAGAGCUGUUCUGUGUUCAAAGCCCGGUGGAAAAGAAAUACUAGAAGAGUACAAGAAAACAAACACCAUCACUGAUGUUACAAGAAGAAAGAUGGUCAACAUUCUUGUGGCAGAUAUGGUAGAGAACCAUGGGGUACCUCCGGUAAAUGUGCGGAACCUUUAUGCACUUGGGAUUACAACACUGUUCCCAAAAUUGAGUGACCCAGAUUCCAAGAAUGGCUAUGAACAUUUUUAUGAUCAUCAGAGCGGUUCCGGCUACCUAGCGUGGAGGCUGAAAACUGUUCAGCGGACCUCUGCUCAAGACCACAAGAAAUCCAAGACAACUUUCCAAGAGGGCCCCAAGACUCCACGCAGUAUCCAUUCAGAUGAGAAGCAGUUGACCGGGGAUGAAUGCAGGGAAGCCAUAUCAACGAUGAAACACUCAAGUGAUACAAUCCUUGUCAAAAAUAAGAUGAAGGCUACAUUCCAGCACAGACAAAGAAUCAUUCAAAACCCAGAAAGUGCCUCUACUGUCCUGGAUCUCUUUCCCAGAUUCUUGGAUACACCUGGCUUGAUUGACCAAGACUUCUCAAUGAUCUUUGGUGAGGAGGUGUCUGGUAAAUUCCUCUCCAAGUGGCCAACCGUUUUCAAACCUAGAGUCAUCGCAGAUUGCUGCAAGAACCUAACUCCGAGUCCGCUUGUUGAUGAGCUGCUUCUGUCUGCACAACAAGAGUCUGAUGAUUGUGUCUGGCAUUCUGAGGAGUGGGAUUCCGAGAUGGCUGCCAUCCUUCUUCUGCUUCACCUCCUGCCUCCAACAGUUAAAGGCAAGAAGAGUGGCAAGAUGAGUGCUUCGGAGGCUACUCGACGCCUGAUCAAGUUCAUGAAGGUGGGAUCAAGCAUGGAGACCUUCCUUAAAGAAACUGGCCCCAGACAGCCCUUUCUGCUCGGUGUCGGAGAAAGAAGCAACUGCAUCCAGGACUUCUACAUCAUCCUGGACCAGAAGGCCAUUCCCUGCAGGAUGCAGACCCCAGUUGCUGCCUUUGAUGAGCUCUUCAAGGCGCAUUAUGCUUUUGCUGUGUCGUAUGAUGAUGCCCUGUCCAUCUUCUUCAUCUUCAUCCAAACCACUGUGUAUGGCAUUGACGUCGGCAAAGUGAAAGAAAGUCCCAGGGUAAAAGAAAUUCGAGCAAGGCUUCUUCACUCUGAGGUUUGAAGACGGGUACAGUUUGACCAGAAAUGUAACGUACUUUUGUAAACUACACCACACCAGUUGAUCAAUGUCAUUUAGACAUUGGAAGUUUGAGCAUGGAUCGUAGUCUGUGCGAUUGAACUAUGGAGAACCUGGUUGUUUUAACCAACCAACGUCACCUUUCUCGAGUGCAUAAAGACUGUUUUAAUCCAGAUCCUGACAGCAGUUAUUCGGGACAUGUGUAUCUCUGUUACUGCCCAGGUUCAAUCCUCAGUUGUUCCAGAGAGCACUGUGCAGUGUCUAGUUGAUUCAAUGGAGGAACUGGUUAAUGAUGUUCAUGCUCACACAAAGAUAGCUGUUGUUAAAGGAUAACUUCUGCCAAUUUCGACAUGCAGUUAUAAUGCUCACACUACCCUGGACUUGUCAGUACCUGAGAUUUUUUUCUUUUCUUCAGCCUUUUCCGAGAUCGUGGUCAUUGUAAUGGGGGAAGAGUUUGUUUACAUUUAAAAAAAAAAAAAAAAAACAUUUUGAUUUCUUCCCAGUAACAUCCGUAAGGUUAUGCAACAUCAGCAGACAACUAGGAAACAGCAAUACCUGUUGGGGCAAUAUUUGGAGUAGGCCUAUGCUAGAAGGUUUUUAAUGUAAACAAACUCUGCCCCCAUUAGAAUAGCUCAGAUCUUGGAAAGGGUUUAGCCAAAAAAUGUAGCAUCACCGGGUACUCACAAGUCAAGGGUAGCGUGAGCAAUGCAAUAGAAUAUUGACAUUGGCAGAAGUUCCCCUUUAAUUGUUUGUCUUCUGAUGCAUCAAGAGAAACUUUGGAGAGAGUUGUUUUGAUCAACUAGAAAACCCAUUUUCCUAUCUGAAC